GAUGCAUCUGGGUAAAUUGUUCACUUGCUGUGAGCGUUCACGUAGUAGGAAUUCUACCAAUCCGCUCGUGUUUGGGGCUUCGAUCAGAUACAGUUUCGGUUCAGGGAUGCCUUUUGGCACGACUGUCCACGAUUUCAUGCGUGUAUUAUUCGGCCAACUCGAGACUAGAAGUCUCGCAAUCAGCUGAGAGUCUUUCAUUUCUAUCAACGGUACUUCCUCGAUGUUCCGGCGUGCACCACGUGCUGCAGUUAGGCAGCGUCAAAACUGUCCAAUAGUUGAGGCACUGAUUCAACAACACGAUCCAAGCAUAAUAUAACGCUCACGUAUUCGAGCCAACUCGCUUUCAAUCGGAGUUGCAUCACGUCCUGGAUUUGGGUGAGGUUCAGUUGACGUCUCGGCCUGCCACGAUGAGUUAUUCUGCACCGGAUGCUCCAUCGCGAGAUGUUACCCCGCGAGUCUACAGCUCGCAUGACCCUCCGGCUGCUCUGCGGGAAGCGUACGAACGAGACGGCUUUGUCAUUCUGACCGACAUCUUUUCUAACAGCUCCAUGAAUGCCAAAAAGGAGGACGCGCAAGAGGAUCUGAUGAAUCAGUUGCGUGUUGCGGCGGAAGAUACAGUCACCCUCACUCGCAAAGGCGAGUGGCCGUAUCGGCGCGUCGUCGGCAAACAGUUUCCCCCAUUCAAUAUCGACAGCAAGGACUACUGGGGUGUCCAGCACCUGCUGCACCCCUCUUGUCCGCACUCCGACCUCUUCGCCGAAUUUUAUGCCUCCUCGCCCUUGCUUGACGUAUCGGCCAUCCUCAUCGGCCUGGACCCGAGCGAAGAGGGUGUGCGCAAGAUGCAGCUCGAACUCUUCAACCUCCUGAUCAACCCGACUACGCACUACUUUGCGUUAAGCUGGCACCGUGAUGACAUACGCCCGGAGAUCAGUAUCGAUGACGAGCGAAAAGCACUGAGAACGCCGACGCACGGCAUCCAGUGGAACGCGGCCCUCUACGACGACGAUUGUCUUUUUGUUGUCCCAGGGACGCACCGUCGCAUACGUACACACGAGGAGAAACAGGCGAAUCAUGCGAAAGCGCCUGAAGCAAAGAAAUGCGCUGAGGGAUACGGUGGAGCUGGAGAGGAAUUGGACGUUGCAUGUAGUGCAGAUCCACCUACGACCCUCAGGGUCAAACUCAAGGCCGGCGAAGCAGUCUUUUACUCUCAGCGGAUUCUUCACCGUGCUUCGUAUCUGCCAACAAAGCAGCGCGCAACGCUUCACGGGUGCUACGGCUGCACUGGUGAGGAGCAUAGUGCUGCAGCGUCCGAGCGCGCUCGCAAUGUCCUACAGCAUGGUGUCGAAUGGAUGCGCGAUGAAGCAUUCGGCGCUGGCCUACCGCCUCGCUUGCAGCCCAUGUGGAGAAAUUUGAUCAAUAUGGAACGCCAGAACGCUGGCAAAAGCCUCGGGUAUUCGCUAGAGGGUUGAGCUAGCUCAGGUGUUCAAGGUGAAUUACAUAGCCAGGGCCCGAGUGUUAGGCAUUCUGUACAGGGCACACAGUCUGGGAAAAUGAGUAUAGGCAUGGGUAUCUCCAGCGCAGGCACCUGCGUCAAGUUAAUUUCAACCUGUCCAGCUUUACGGCGUCCACUUUCCAUUUGCUUGAACUGGGUUGACCAUUGACGAGCGACGCACGAUCACCAAAAAGAAAUUGGCUGCCGUUCUCCGACGAAUACACCGCUUCGGCGUUGUGUUUCGCGCCGGACACAAAAGUAAUUUUGUGGGUUAAAGGCCAGCCUCUGAACGCAGAGACCUUGUCGGGCGUGCUCUGCGGAACACUCUUGUCGGGCGCCGUGCCGAGCGCAGGAAAGCUGCCGAAGAAGGCCGAGACUUGGCCAGGAUCGCCUCCAGCAAGGAGCCAGAUGUACUUGU